GCGAAAAAUGAAGAACUCGUUCUUCAAGUCUAUUACCCUGGAAAUGGUGAUCAACGAAACUCAUUAUCACAGCCCAAACGUUCUAGACCUGUGGUGGUCAACUUUCACGGGAGCGGGUUCAUGCUCGGUCACGCAACUGACGACGCUCGAUGGGCCCGCUCCGUCACCGAGUAUGUUGACGCAGUCGUAAUUUCUGUGGAAUAUCGUUUGGCACCCGAAAAUCCGUUCCCUGCCGCUGUAGAAGACGGCGUAGAAGCCGUGCUCUGGAUAAUAUCUCAUGCCGAAGAAUUGGGCGUUGACCCAUAUCGUAUUGCUAUGAGUGGGUUUUCCGCCGGUGGGAGUUUAACGUUUGGGGUUCCAAUGAGGCUAGGAGAGGAAAUGCGAAGCAGGAGACAAUUGUCAGCAGUGAAUAACGACUGGAAGGAAACUCCGGGUCCAUACGUUGACCCGGAAUAUCGCAUUGUCUUCAUUGCCGCAUGGUAUCCUAGUGUUAAUUACUGUCACAGUCGAGCGCAACGCAGGGCAACAAAUAUUCGACAAGAUAAAAAUCUCCCAGCAUGGUUCACCAAUCUCGUCGAUAAUUGCUUCCUCCUCGGAAUUGAACAAGCGGACAAAAAAUUGCCUUGGCUUAGUCCAGGUCUAGCCCCUGCGGAAAUGCUGAAAAAAUACAUCCCGCAUGACAUCACCAUACGGGUAUGUGAGUGGGACGAAUUGAGAGCAGAAGCGGAGAGGUUUUGCGAAAGGUUGAUAUCUGAAGAAGUUGGUAGGCAAGGGGUUGGUAUCAAGGUUAUAGAGAAGGCCACCCACGGCUGGGAUAAACAUGCUAGUCCGAAAUUUCAAUGGGAUUUAUCGAUUGAGGGGGAAUAUAGAGAAGUUUGUAGGGAUAUGAGGAACGUAUUUUAC